UGAGCUAGGAUUGGGUGGGACGUCGAGGGAGCUUGUUUAGCUUGUGGGUUGCUGGGGUCGUUGAGGGAGGUGAAGAUAAGAUGGCGGCGGAAACUGUAGAGCUGCAUAAGUUGAAGCUUGCUGAGCUGAAGCAAGAAUGUUUAGCACGAGGCCUGGAAACAAAGGGAAACAAACAGGAUCUCAUCAAUAGACUCCAGACCUAUCUUGAGCAGCAUGCUGAGGAGGAGGCAAAUGAAGAGGAUGUCUUGGGAGAAGAAACAGAGGAAGAAGAACCGAAACCUAUAGAUACUCCUAUCAAAGAGGAAAUCACUACUGAGAAAUCAGCUGAAGUAGGUGCAGAAAAGAAAGUGGUGAAAAUUACAUCAGAAAUGCCACAAAUGGAAAGAAUGCAGAAGCGGGCAGAAAGAUUCAAUGUUCCUGUGAGUUUGGAGAGUAAGAAAGCUGCACGAGCAGCUCGGUUUGGUAUGACUACAGCUUCCACUAAAGGUCUGAUUGCAGAAAGUAAGACUACAGUAAAUUUAGACAAAUUAAAGGAAAGAGCUCAGAGAUUUGGCUUGAAUGCCUCCACAGUCUCCAAAAAGAAUGAAGAUGAUGAGAAGCUCAAAAAGAGAAAGGAGAGAUUUGGUAUUGUAACAAGUUCUGCUGGGACAGGAACCACAGAAGACACAGAGGCAAAGAAGAGAAAAAGAGCAGAGCGUUUUGGCAUCGUCUGAUGAGCUUCCCCUUAGCCUUUACCUGCUUGGGGUGUAUCUCUUACACAUUCUUGUUCUUCAUCCCUAAUGAAAAUAAUAGUUUUCUCUCUCAUCUGGACCUUGGCCAUGCAUAUUUAGUUUUGCUUCCUCACCCCAACCCACCCCAGAUUUAGAACUGUAAAAGAAACAGCUUUCAUAGCAUAAAAUACUUUGGCUCUGUAUAUGUUUGUAAACCAUUUGAAUUUUCUGGCAAAUCUUUUAUCAGCCACUUACAUCCAAAUUACACCUCCAAUAUACUUCUCUGCAAGACCAGCCACACAAAAUAAAAAUAGUCCCUGAGAAGAAGGAAUAUGAAUAUUUUUGUCACAUCUUUCAGCUCCAAUUGAAAUUAGUCAGUAAUACUAACUGCCUAAAUCUUCCUUGCAUUUUUUACUUAGUCAUUUUUUCAACACUCAUAUGCACCAUUGCUAAGAAAUAGGAUUUUUCUAUCCCCACCUUUAAGCAAAAUAAUUCAUGAAGUUCAUCUGUCUGUUGACUGUACCAAAUCUGAGAUUAUUUUUAUACUCACUUCUCUUCUUUGGUCCUACUACAAGUUCACUUAUAUUGUGUCUUAUAAAGUUAUGAGUUAUAUCUGCUAUAGAGCAAGCUCAGAAUGGUUAUGUGUAAUAAUCAGUUGAGGUAUACAUGCUUUAUAUACCUUAUGUGGCUGUUGACCCCCAGAAAAAAAAUUAAUUGCAUCAAACUGUGAUUGGCUGCACAAUUUAGAGAAUCCUAACCUGAAGGAAGUGAAAUAGCCAUGCAUAUAACAGACAGUGCCACACAGCCUCUGUACUGUUGGUAAUGGGUUUUUUUUUAAUCUUGCCCUGAGUUUUUUAAAUUUUACUUGUCACAAAUGUAAAUUAUUUCCUUUUUUGAAAAUAGUAUCAAAAAGUUCCAAAAAGAAUAGUUGUUUAAUUACCAUAGAUUAUAAUACCUACAUCAACCCUUUUACUCAACUUUCAGCCUUUCACCUGAUUUACAAAUUUUAGUUAUGUUUCUCUCUGAAUUAAAUGCAUUGUAGAGCAAGUUGAUGCUUCCAUUUGUAAUGGUGCAAUUUAUUAAAAGUAAUGAGUUGGAUUAAACCUCUUAUCCCAUCA